AUGGGAUACAACUACUGGUAUAGUUGGUCUAUCAUCCUCCCCACAGAGAUGUCUGCAUCUGCGGUUCUUAUCAACUACUGGAUCACCUCGGUCAACAACAGUGUUUGGAUCUUUAUUGCUUUGGCAAUAGUAAUAUCUAUAAAUUCAUGUGGCUCAAAGUUCUACGGAGAGUUUGAAUUUUGGCUGGCAUCCAUCAAAUUAGUAUCAAUCACUGUUCUCAUCGUCCUAGGAAUUGUGCUAGACCUAGGUGGAGGACCCAACAGAGAGUUUAUUGGCGCUCGUUAUUGGAAGAAUCCUGGGCCCUGGGUUGAGCACUUGGGACGAAAAGGGCCAUUGGGACACUUUAUGGGAUUUUUGGCCGCCACUAACCAAGCCUCCUUCUCCACUCUCGGGAGUGAGAUUGCAGCCUUCGCGGCCGCUGAGGCUCGAAAUCCAAAGAAGGCGCUUCCGACAGCCAUCAAAGCGAUCAUCUGGCGUCUGGCUGUGUUCUACUUCCUCGGAACGAUGAUCAUAGGCCUUUUGGUUCCAAGUAACGAGCCUAGAUUACGACUCAAUUCCCACACUGCCGCAUCCUCUCCUUUUGUGAUUGCCAUUGAAAAAUCGGGUAUCAAGUAUCUACCAUCAAUCAUCAACGUGGUCUUAAUCUCAUCCGCCUGGUCUGCGGCAUCGAGCAACAUGUAUAUUUCUUCGCGGGCUCUGUACUCAUUGGCCAUCGAAGGGAAUGCCCCAAAGAUUUUCCGAAAAACGAACUCGUGGGGUGUACCUUGGACUUGUACCAUUGUGGCUUCCUUUUGGGGCUGUCUCGCCCUCCUGUCAGUAACCCAUAGCGGAGCGGGAGCUGUCUUUGGAUGGCUCGCAAAUAUGUAUUCUACCUCGGGCUUCCUAACAUGGAUAGGUGUCUUGGUUACCUACGUAAGAUGGGAAGCGGGAGUCAAAGCCCAAAAGAUAGAUCGUUCAAGUUUCCCUUACAGAUUUCCACUCCGAACGCCGGGCGCAAUAUACGCAAUUGUCGUCUGCUCGUUCUUAGUGAUCGUGAAUUCUUAUCAAGUUUUUUUGCCAAACAACUGGGACCCGGUGGUUUUUUUUACGGGUUACUUUUGGUACAAGAAGGCAGGCCUCAAAGCAGGGGUUAAAACUGUUUUUGAAAUGGACUUCGUGACGGGGUCUUACGAUGAAGAAAGAGAUCGAGACGAUAGCGUGGUCGAAGAAUCGAGCUUACCCUUGAAGCGAAAAAUCCUACGUAUGGCUCCAAGCAAACGUACUGAACUCCGUAACAUCUUGAAAUUAUUAGUUCUUUUAAUGAAACACUUGAACCUUCCUCAUCUCUUUGGAUUCCACAUCGUGGACCAAAUUUUAAUGGAAUUCGAAGGACCUCAAAAAUUAGGAUUAACUUGGAGGAUGGUUUUCGAAAAUCGGUAG